GAACAACAACAACAACAACAACAAACAGUGGCAAAAUCUUUUUGUGUCUGAAGACAUUUCAACAGAAUUCAUUGUGAUAACGAGUGAACCCUUGAUUUUUUUUUUCAAAUUUGUCGUUGUCGAACUUCUCUGUUUAUAUUUUCUGAAUCUAAAGUGCCAAGUUGAACAUUUCUAGAAUCAUUUUCAGCAUGGAAAAGAGCGGGGAUCCAGGACAUAACCUCACUCCAACUUCUGAAAACACCCCAUCAUCUGGCGAAACACCGAGGCCAAAAAUCAAAUAUGACUGGUACCAAUCAGAUUCUCAUGUCACAAUAACAGUUCUUGCUAAAAAUUGUAAACCUGAUGAUGUCAAAGUUAAUUUCACAGACCACAGAUUUGUAUUGGAUGCUAAACUCUCAGAUGGCUCGGAUUACAACCUACAAUUAGACUUACUUCACGCCAUAGUGCCAGACCGCUCCAAUUUUAAAGUCCUCCCAUCCAAAAUAGAGGUGCGGCUUGCAAAAGCAUCUGGUGACAGAUGGAGUGGUCUUGAAGGUGAACCGCGCAUGGUUGUACCUCAGCCUCGGAAUUGGGAUGCGGUUGUCGGUAACUUGCUGAAGGAUGACGAUGCAGAAGGAGAAGCUGCCCUGAACGCGCUGUUCCAGAAGAUCUAUGCAGAUGGUAGUGAUGAAGUCAAGAAGGCUAUGAACAAAUCGUACAUGGAAUCAGGAGGGACUGUCUUGAGCACAAAUUGGAAUGAAGUUGCUAAAGACAAGGUGGAUGUUAAACCACCUGAUGGAACAGAAUUCCGCAAAUGGGAAUAAUCAUCUCUCACCUUUCGUCAAAGUGUAUGUACCUACCUACCUAAUUCGUUAACUAAUUGACUUAAAUAUUUGUUAAUUAAUUCAUAAACUUUUGAUACUUCAUCAUUUUUACCGGCUACAAAAAUGUCACAAUUUUUACCUCCUAUUCGGUAUUCAUUUUUCUCGUUUCAUCUCAUUUACUUAGUUGUAUUUUUAUGAUGAAUAUCUGUCAAAGUUUAGUUUCUUCCCAGCCCUCUCUUCAGCACUUUUCGGAGGCUGUAUUUUUUCCUAGCAGUUCUGUCCUCCCAAAAUUCUCAGUCUUGAUUCUUACAUUUGCUAUUGACAAUUAUUAAUGAGCUUUGAGUGUUGCCCUUCUUUUUGCUUCUGAUUUUCUUGUAAUUGAUUCUCUUAAGUGACCCUGCGGUUUAAAAUAGAUAGGGUUAUUGUGGGCAAAUAUGUGACUGGGGACCCUUUCUACUCGGAGAAAAUUCUCCUCAACUUUGGGUCAAAACUUAAAUCACAUUUUACAACCUUAAAAAUUGUUGUCUUAGAACUGCAGGAUCAGGACUCAUAUCUCCUUAUAUUCUUGAGGUUUCAGGGUCAAACUUGCUCUAAAAUUUCCAGAUAGUUUUCCAUGCUUAUGCAAGAAGUUAGGGAAAAUUGUUCUCCCAGAAGACAAGGUCCCUUUUAAAGAAAUCCGGUCAGCUAUUUCAUGUUUUCUGACCUUCAAAAUAUGACCAACACUAAUUCAACUGCCCGGCAUUGAUUUACUGCUUAUGAGAAGCAUCCCUGUCAUGAAUCCUAGGUAUCGCGAGAAUUAGCCCCACCAUCCAAUUCCUUAUUUCUGCAACCAACAAUGUGCCUUGCUUUGAAGUAAAUAAUCAUGCAAUUAGAUCCUAACAGAUGCUCCAAUUUCUAAAACUGAGGCAUCACCGUAUCCUUUGGAAGUUGAGUGAGAUCAAAAACUAAAAUAUCAAAUCAAAAUUGUGUACAAUGGGUCACUAUUGUCAAAAUAUCCCCCCAGACUCUCAGAGCUUACCUGAACAUCUCUGAAAAGCAGACGUUGACCAUGAUCAACUGUACAGCUUGUUGUUAAAAUGUGAGCCGUGUAUUCCAAAAUAGUGCAUAUUGAAUCCUUUUUUCUCUUAAAUUGUAAUCAGAUCUUUUUUUCUCCUUCAAUCAAUUUACCAGCAGCAGCUAGUUUUGCUUGAAGUCGCAAAAGGCAUUGAAUAUAAGUACUGGUUUGAAUGUAAUGCUUUCAAAGAAUGUGAAAGAUAAUCCCCAGAGUAAGUAUAUCUUUUUUAGGUCCGAAGUAAACAAUUUUUGAGCAGAUCAUCCACACAUGUACUUAAUUAUUCAACAUGUACAAAUGACAUUUUUGGAACAUUCAUAACAUUUAAUCCAUUUACUUCUUUACACUCAAUUUUUUUCCUUCUUCACAUCCAUAAGUAUUGACAUUAAUUCGAUGAGUUGAAUUUUUUUGGGACAAGUUCUCUCUGAAUCCGUCGUUCAUGUUAAAUGGAAAACUGCAAUCAGUCUUCAUUUUUUGAGCAGCUUAAGAAUGUUCCAUCUUGGCUUGCAAAGCUGGUUUUCUAAAAUUUUGUCAAAUCCAACUUUUUCAAUGCUUUUUUAUUUAAUACUGUGUUCAUUGUUUUGAAGAACUUCAAUAAAAAAAAAAUCCUCAAAAUUGA